AUGGUUACCCAGAACGUUUCAUAGAAAAGAAGUAGUAGUUGUGACAAGAAACCAAGUUGUUCCGUCCCGAAGAAAAACCAUAUAUAAGUCUGGAAUUUAAAGGCGAUCGAACAUCAGACGUUAUCAAAAAUUGUCUAACAACAACGAUUAGAAGAACAUUUAACGCGGCUAAACGGCGAAUAACCUUCACUACUUCCGCAUCUGAUCGCCUCUAUUUGCAUCUACCAGUUCACCUGCUCUUGUAGAGCAAGGUACAUUGGCCGUAGCCAGCGCUCGCUUUCAACUUGGAUACGGGAACAUAUAACAGCUUGGUUCUAUAAGAGUGAAAGGAAAGCAGUUAGGAGUUCUAUACUUGAACACCUAAUCGACGGUAACCAUUCUACAGAUCCACAAAGGUUCAUAUGAUUCGUUCAAAUCUACCCAGAUUUCUUCGUAUCCAACUUUUAAAAAUAGCCGAAGAUCUUACCAUCCAGAAGCUUAAAUCAGAACUAUGCGUACAAAAGAAGUACGUCUUAUCGUUAUCGUUACUUUGGCCUUAAUUAUUUUGAUUAUCUUAUUAUUAUUAUUAUUGUUAUUAUUAUUAUAUUCUCAUUAUUUUAUUUGUAAAUGCUCAUCAUAUCACCUUAUUGAUUUCUUGCACCUCUAUGACCUUUAAUUAUUAUAACAAAAACUAAUUUUAUAUUGUUUGUUUGAGACUUCUCAUUGAUGUUUAAGACUGUAAUUGAUCUAUCUCUUAUUGGCAUAUAUGUAUCCUGCCUUCAGUUACUAGGAUUAUAAGCAAAGAUGGAUAGUGGCUAGCAGUGGAAUCCAGGACACGCAUUUUGUCCUAGUAGCUAGUGGGACCCAGUGGCUAAAUGGAUGACUCGAUGGCGUCUGAAGCGGACGAUACUGGGUUUAAGUCCUAGGAUGUAGGUACAUCUAGCUGACGUGUCCCAAAUAAGAUGAAACAUGCAUCCUAGCCAUUAUCCAUCUUUGCUUAUAAUAAAUAAUUAAUUUUUGACUCCAUUGAGUUUUUUUUAUUUUGAAAAUUCAAUUUUUCAUCGUAUACAUGAAUUUUUAUGCGGGUAGUAUUAUAACAUCUUCAUUUGCAUUUGAGUUUGUUACGAGACUAUGAUUUAUGGAUGAAACGAUGAAAUUAAUGAUAUUAAGUCUUGGAUUUCGGUCCGAAGUUUGAGAUUAAGAUUUUGAAACUAGUUGGAAGUGGUCAGGAAUUCAUACCUACAAUUUUAAGGAAAUCGAUACUCCCAGUUGAAUUCAAACCACCCAUCACUCAGGCUCACAAACUGUAACGUUACCACUGGGCUGUUUUAACCUUGUGACAUGUUUGCUGAUGGACUUAAAUACUUUGAUUCUUGAUAACGACUUCAUCAAAGGAUUGUACCCGACGACUUCAGUUCCACAGUGAACAUCAACUUAUUCAAACCACUGGUUUAGGAUCCAAUGGUACAAUUUCAAAUGUGAAUAAUUUAUGAUAUUUCACCAAGAUGAACACCAUAUUCACAUAAGUGGUUACUUCAGUGGCGGUAAUAUAAAAGAAAGAUUGCAUAUAGUGAUAUAAUACAUGAAGAAAGAAUUAGUUUGUAGAAAGAAAGAUACAAAGCAACUUUUAUCUCACAGUUUAAGGGAAGACAAAGAAUGUAUGCACCGACGCAAUUGUGAUCUAUUCUGAGCUAUAUCGCCUAGUCUUCAACCACUAGUUGUGAUGGUCACACAGACCCUAACCAAAUAGUCUACACCAAACAACAUGGUUAAGACUAGAAGUAUGUGACUUCAAGCACUGAUUGCACGUUUUAGUUUGACCGCCCCAAACUUUCUCCCACCCGUCUUCAACACUAGUCAUCAUUGCGCACCGUGGUAACCGAUGUUCAGGCACACGUAACCUAUGUAGACUUACAAUCUCACCAACUGAUUUACCAUCAUUCCCUAGUACCCUGCGUCUAAACUCACUAUUGCGUACCCGGUGAUCCUAGCAAGUAGGAGCAAUAUUUCGAAGACAUCUGUCAUCAAAUACUAGUAAUUUCCGAGUAUCUUCUACUCCUAAUGGCCACGUUUCACAGCCGUAAAGUGGAACAGAGCGAGCUGCUGCGCAGUAUACUCGUUUUUUAAUUGAUAGACGGAUAUCUCGCCUUCGUCAUAGGUGACAUUAAUUUGCAAAAGCCAAACGAGCUUUUUGAAUCCGUACAGAGAUCUCGUCAGACACCAACCCAUUAGGGCUGACAGAAUUCCAAGAUAAGUGAAGUUGUCGACGCGUUCGACUACUUCACUCCCUAUCCUUAGUUCAGGUGUUGACGCAGACCAGUCUUGAAGCAACAUUUGCAUUUAGAGGGGGUGAAACACAUCCCAAAUAUCCUGGUAUUGUUACUCAGUGCUGCCAAAAGACUCUGCAUUUUAUCAUCGUCUUCGCCAAACUGCACUAUAUCGUUACGUAAGUCGAUAAAUGGACCUCCUGGAAAGAGAUCAGUGCCCGAACAUUCAGUUAAUGAGGUGUUAUUUCCAUCUGUAUGUCUAUGAUGAAGUUGAACCAAAAUGGAUAUAGUGGACAACUUUGUCGGGCACUACUUCAGGUCGCAAAAUCAGAUGACAGUUCCUGAAUGUCUACCAAAAAUGAUAGUUAUUCUUGACUUUAAAGCAGCAUUUGACUCUUUAGACUGAAAGGUUCUGUAGGAGUGUCUGCCAUUGAAAGGUGUACCUUCAAAGUACAUAAACCUUGUGAAGUCUCUUUACUCGAACACUACUAGUUGAGUCUGAGCUUAUGGCGAACUGUCAUCUGAUUUUGUGACCUGAAGUAAUGCCCAACAAAGUUGUCCACUAUAUCCAUUUUAAUUCAACUUCAUUAUAGACAUACAGAUGGAAAUAACACCUCGUUGACUAAAUUUUCGGGUAUAUAAAAUGGUAAACAAUCACAAUUCCGACUGAUGAAUUAAUGAUUGAAUUAAUAUUUAAUCUACUCAUACCUUGGCCUAUUAUUUUUUUUCAUUCAUCAGAUAAUAAAUUUUCACAAUAUUUGGUUAUUUAUUUAUUUAUUUAUUUAUUUAUUAUAUUCAAUUACUACACGUCUUAAUUCUAGUUUUAGGAUGAUGAAAAAAAGGAGAAUAAUUUUAUUUCAUUGUUUAUAACACUAUUGAUUUGUAUGUGUGUGAGUGUGUGUGUGUGUGUGUCUGAGUGAGUGAGUGUUGUGUAAAUGAUCUCAUGUAAUGUUGCUAUGUGUAAAUAUUGAUGGCCAAAAACCAAAAAUAAUACAUAUCGGAACAUUCGGUCUUAGUUCUGUUUUUUUUUAAAAUUUUUUUUCAUUUAAUUAAUGUCAUUGUUUAAUGGAGGAAAAUGGUUUGUAGAGAUUAGUUUUAGAUUAUUUUUAUCAUCAUAGAUUAGAAUUUUUAGAAAAUAAAAAAAACGGUGAGACUCUAAUUUAUGGAUGAGCCAAUCAGAAGCGUUUUAGAGAUUUCAAGGUUACGGCGCCAACUUCAGUCCUUUAUGCUAACGUACGAUCGGUUCACAGGGAAUUUUGUACAAAGCGUGAUAAUUAAGCGGUUAUGUGCAUUGUGUCGUUAUCCACAAGUAGCAUUUUGUGCACUCAACAACCGGAGUGCACAUAAACAAUAUUGAAGCUAUGAGGUCGAGGCUGAAAGUUUUUGAGACUUUAUCAUGGCUCCAGAGGCCAACUUUUCUGUAGCCGUUUGGAUGAUUUCCUCUACUGCAUAUAUUAAGAUUUUAGAACCUCUGAAUCUCUUUCUAACCUUGACAAGUUUUUGAACCACAUAUAAGAAGUGUAUCCACUUUAUUUCCUUGGUUUUGUAUAACACAUUUUUACGCCAUAGUGACUGUUUGCUGAUUGGCUAAUAUUUCUCAAGGUCACUUAAAAUUCGUUCAAAGGUCGUCCAUAAAUUAGAGUAUUAAAGAUUCCCAUUGUGAAAAUUAGAACAACACAUAUAAGCGAACAAUUGUUUUCAAUGAGAAAAAAGAGGAUAUGUACGGUCUAUUAAAUAAACUCAACACUCUCCAAAACCAUAUUAGUCUCUCAUGUGAAGAGGAGAAAAACGAUCAGCUUCCCUUCCUAGAUAUACUCCUGAGUAGACGGGAAGAUGGUUCAGUAAAGCGAUCUAUUUUUAGAAAACCAACGUGGACAGGUCAAUAUCUUAGUUAUUAUAGUUAUUGCCCUGUGCAAUACAAACGUGGUUUGAUAAGGUGUCUUUUCAACAGACUCGACCGUAUUUGUACCAAUGACGCCAUUGAUGAUGAUGUUAAGUUGUUAAAUAAAACGUUAAUAGAAAAUGGCUAUCCUCUGAAAUUCAUAAAUAGAUGGAAAGUCCAUGGUUCAGCGAGACCUACUGUAGCCUCGGUAGAGAAAAAGCCUGUCUACAUCACCUUACCAUUCAGAGGUGAUUCAAAUAGCCUUUUACUGAAACAACGACUUAAAUCAGUCAUCAGUAAAACCUAUUGCGCAGCAAAGGUCAUCAUCAAAGAAAGAACAAGGUGCAUGCUUCAUUCAAAACCUAAAGUACAUGGAAACGAUUGCGUCACAUCCCACUGUGUUUACCAAUUUAAAUGUGUGUGUGGUCACACAUACAUAGGGAGGAGUAAUCGUGAUCUCAACAUUAGGGUGAGUGAACAUGUACCCAAAUGGCUUCAGAAACAAAUGCAAUCAAGUGACCCAAUAAGAGCAGAGGAUAAACAUCCAUCAUCCUCUAUUGCUAAACAUAUAAUUGAAACAGGUCACAAGAUUGAUCUAAAUUCAGCUUUUGUAGUGCUGUAUAAAAGUGUAAAGGGGCGUAUACUAAGGUUCAUUGAAGCCUUAGCCAUACGAAAAUUCAAACCCCCUUUAUGUGUUCAAAAACAGUUUGUUCUUACCUUAAACCUACCCUGGUAAUAUUGACUUAUUAGCCAGAGUGAUUAGGUUUCGCUUUGUGUUCAUAUUAUUAUUAUUAUUAUUAUUAUUAUUAUUAUUAUUAUUAUUAUUAUUAUUAUUAUUAUUAUUAUUACUCUUAUCAUUAUCCUUAUCUCCUCUUACCCCGUUUCCUGUCUAGUUGACCUUUUAUUUUUAUAUAUAAAUGCUCUUAACAAGUAUAUGUGUG